AUGUCGUUCGGGUACAACAGCUCACCUCCUCCCAAAAAGCGAUCUCGUACUGAUCAGCAGGGUGACAACGGUGAUGAUGCUGAUUCGGACGAUUCCUUCAACGAUCCUGUUCUCGCGGAGCCAAGUCAGAUUACACAGGCUAUUUUACAACGGAGAGAAGCUGUUUGUGUUGAUAAUGGUCGACAGAUGGGGUAUUCUAUAGCUCAGUCUUCGAUAUGCACUUCUCCACUUCGUCCCCAAAGAGACGAUGAAACAACGACGAGGAAAUCCCUAUUGAGGACCAGUGCUCUCACUCCUCGACGUUUUAAUGCCCAAGAUCGAAGUGAUUACCAUCAUAAUGGUCAAGUGCUGAUGCUAAAAAAUCGGGUUGAAAAUCUGGAAAGGGAAAAGGAACGCUCGGCAGCCGCUAUCCGCGAUCAGAUCAUUGCCAAAGAAAAAGAGCAUAAAUCGGAACUGAGCAGACAAGAAGAGCGGAUACGUCAGUUGGAAGCUCAAAUCAUGUCUUUACGUCAAGAAAACCUCCAAACCAGCUUUAAUCUUCAUAAUGCUUCGCUAGCUAAUGCUGAUAUAGAAAUGACAGAUGCGAACACAACAUUACCACGUGGUCCUCUAUUGCACACCAAGAAGGUCAACAUCCUCCGACACGAUAUCAAGUGGAAAACUGGAUUUGGUUUUGGGUCUGGCGCCUCUGUUUUUACCGAGUCUUUGUCGAAUCGAGGUGGUCCUGAGAACGGCACGCAAGCAUUUCCCCAUGUCCCUGGUCAAUUGUUGAUAGAUACACCUGAUCCUGCCACAACACCAAUCUGCUCCGAUGCUUUAUUUAUGAACAAAGCCGAGACAGUACUUACAGACAACAAAGAAUGUCAAGUUAAUAGUGUUGCUGCGGAUUGGAAUGUGCACAGCUAUAUGAGGGAAUCAGCUUUAGAGUCGCUUCUCAGUAUAACUAUGAUCUCGCAAGAAUCGAAUUUCGACCUGAGCACGUUGAGUGUACUUUGUAGGCCAGAACUUUAUCUCAAUUGCAAAAGCCUCUUGAGACUGGAAGCGGCUACAGACAGCGAUUCUGAUUUUGACUGAAUAGACUUCAUUCGCAUUGCCUGCUGUACUAUUCUCCUGCUCCGUCAGAUCUUUGUAUGCAUUUUAGGUUGCCAACUAACUGUGAUCUCCUCUUUAUAGCAAUGAUGAACUUGAUCUGCGGAUUUAUUUACUGCCCACCAUUGCGUUGUAAGGCUCUCAUCUUGUAUAGUUGGUAGUUAAAGGCAGCGUCCAGGCAAGUCUGGACACAUGGAGAUCUCACGUGGAUAGUAAUUUAGGGACCUUUACUAAGCCAUUUCCAACCCGCAGC